AAGAAAACAUAAUAAAUCAAUCAUCAUGAAUUCUUCUUGUUUUUUGAGCUUUAGUUGGAAAGCUGUAAUAAACUCUUCGUUACGAAAAAUGAGUUUUAAGGUUUUGAGUUCUGAUACUGACUAUAAAGACCAAAAUUGGGAUUUAGUGAAAGUAAAAUCGAAAGUUACUCAAAAUACCAUGGAGCAUUUGCAUAAAAUGAUAAAAGCUGGUGGAGGUCCAAAGGCUAUCCACAGGCACACAGUUGUAAACAAGAAGCUGUUAGUGCGUGAACGUUUGAAACUUCUGUUUGAUAGGGAUUCACCAUUUUUUGAAAUAGGAAUCUUGGCUGGAAUGUCUAUGGAUUAUGGAGAUAUUCCUGCUGCUGGUGUUGUUGCUGGUAUUGGGAAAAUACACGGCCAGUUUUGCAUUGUCUCUGCAAAUGAUGCGACUGUUAAAGGUGGCACAUUUUUUCCUAUAACAGUUGUAAAACAACAACGAAUACAAAGAUUAGCUUAUUUAAAUAAAUUGCCUUGUAUAUAUCUUGUCGACAGUGGAGGAGCAUUUUUACCUAUGCAGGCUGAUAUAUUUCCUGACAGAGACCAUGGUGGCCGUUCAUUUUAUCAUGAAGCUGUUUUGUCAUCUCUGAAAAUUCCUCAGAUAGCUGUUGUUUGUGGAAGUUCCACAGCAGGUGGUGCUUAUUGUCCAACAAUGGCAGAAGAAGCUAUAAUUGUUAAUGGUCCAGGAGUAAUAUUUUUAGGUGGACCUCCGUUGGUUAAAGCUGCAACUGGUGAAAUAGUUACAGAGCAAGAGCUGGGUGGUGCGCUUAUGCAUUGUAGUGUGAGUGGGUGCACUGAUUAUUUUGCUGAAAGUGAAGAAGAAGCGUUUGAAAUGUGUAGAGAAUCUGUUUUAACUCUAAAUACUUUCCAAUCUGCUGAUUGUACAUCAUGGCACAAACCUCUUUACCCUGCUGAAGAUUUGCUGAUGAUUUCUGCAAAAAUCUAUCUUACCAAAAGUGACAUGUACGAUAUUUUAUCAAGAGUUUUGGAUGGAAGUAUGUUUAAAGAAUUCAAAGGAAAAUUUGGCAGUAAUCUUAUAACAGGGUUUGGUUACAUUAAAAAUAUGCUUGUUGGCAUAGUUGCUAACUGCAAUGCUCUGUCAUUUCAAGAUUCACAAAAAGGAACUCAUUUUAUACAGCUUUGUGAAAAAAGAAAUAUACCCUUAUGCUUCAUUCAAAACUCUGGAAAUCCUGAAGAAACUGUGAUUAAUGACGAUCAAUAUGAAUUUUUGAGAAAUAGAGCAAAAAUGGUAUCUGCUCACUCCUGCACUCAGGUUCCAAAAAUUACUUUAUGUGUAGGAGGCUGUUAUGAAGACGACAAUUUCACAAUGUGUGGAUGGGAUUUUAACCCCAAUUUCUUUCUCUCUUGGCCUUUAGUUCACAUAUCUUCAUCAAGAUUUGAGAUUCAAAAGAUAAAAUUAGAAGAGACUAGUGCAUUAAAAAAGUAUUAUGAAGAAAAUAGCUUUGAAAAAUUUGAUUUAUUCUUUGAUGAUAAAACAAGUGCCUUACAUAAGUCAUCAAGAAUGCUUUGUGAUGCUGUAAUAGCACCAGAAGAAACUAGAGAAGUACUCAGUAUUUGUUUGAGAAUUGUAUCAAGAAUUUUAUAAUCAUUGUUAAAUUAUUUCUUGAUUGACUAAUAUUUUUUUUUUUGUAUAAAACUAAUCAUAUCUUACAAAAUAUUUUCCUUAUAUAUUUAAACUUGAAUUAUACUGUUGAUUUUGAGUUAAAUAUUUUUAAUAAAGUAUAAUUUUUGAAAAUGUUAUUAUUUCAUUAGGAAGCCUGAAAUAAAUUAUUAAAAUUAAUCAAUAGAAAUAAGUGUUAUGCUUCUUAUAUAUCCUCAAACAGAGCUGCUAAUUUUGAAAAGCAGACUUGCCGAACUUGCAAAUUUAGGCUGCAUUCUCUUCAUAUUUCUUUUUUUUCUUACUCUUCUGGAUUUAAAGUGAAAACCUCCAGAUUUUUUCGUUUAAAAAAACCAUUUUUAAAAUUGAUAGACAUGUAAACAGAAAUAGCAGAUUUAUACUGCAGAGGGAAAGUUAAAGUAAAAAAAUAAGUUAUAUCCUUAUGGCAAUCUAAUCAAUUCCCCACAAAUAUGCAGAGUGUGAAUAUGUGUUUCCUUUGGCUAAAAAAAUAUAACUGAGUUUGGAUCUUCAAUGUCAACUGAGACUUUUAGAAAGGCUGAUGUUAACUAAAACCACCAAAUAGGGAUUCUUCAAGAGAAUUUUAAAAUAAAGAUUAAUACUGAUUUUUUAUAAACUAACAUGUUAUUAAAGUUUUAUAAAAAAUACGUGGGAUAUUUUGUUGUACAAUUAAAAGGAGAGAAGGACAAUCAUUUUCAAAAAUCGAACUUCUUAUUCCGGCAAUAAAAAAGCCUUUUUCUGAUCAAUUAGGAAUUAUUUCAUAACAAUUCGUGACAAUAUGAUCCACAAACUUUAAAAGGAUGACAAAUUAAUGAAUAAGUGUUAAAUUUGAUAGAAUUUAAAAAUGCUUUAUUUUCAAGUACAGUAGAGAACUAAUUACCCGGGAUGCUCGGGACCAUUGCUAUCCCGGAUGUCUGAAUUUCCCAGUUUUCUGGAUCGACCAAAAAGUGUCGCUAAUCAAUGUUUUAUCUAACCCAAAUUACAAGGAAAAAGUGUAACACAUUUCAAAAUAAGAAAAGCUCUCCUAAAUUUUAAAAAUAACAUUUAAAAGAAUAAAAAUAUUUGCAAGUUUAGAGAAGAAAAAAAAGUUUAA